CUCCAUAUGCAUGUCAAAGUUGUGUAGGUGACGUCGAACAUCUACUAUACUGAGAAAAUAAAGCCGUUAUAAUGUUAAAUACACAUUACUGUCUUUUUGUUUCUAUAUAACUUUGAAAUACUCAUUUUGCUAACCUCGCGAUGGUGCUUGACGUAUGUAUGUGUAUGUGUAACUGUGUGUUGUAGUCCAUCUCUCGCCGAAUGUGACCGGCUGCGAUUAACGCGCGGCAAUUGGCAAUGGAGGGCGCGCGCUGGGCUUUCCGGUGCGGCUCGUGGACCCCGAGCAGGCGCGAGUGGCUGUUCGCCGCUCGCUGCGUUCAGCGUGAGGAGAAGGAGCGAAUCGGCCGGUUCGUGUUCGCUAAGGACGCCAAGGCCGCGAUGGCCGGCCGGCUGUUAAUACGAAAACUGCUGUGUGAGAAGAUGGGUGUUACCUGGGACGAGAUCCACCUUGAGAGGACAGCCAAAGGCAAGCCCUUCCUAGCAAGCCCUGCCCCCUUGAGUCCCUCCGACAGGUGGAGCUUCAACAUCUCGCAUCAGGGAGACUUCGCGGUGCUGGCUGCAGAGUGUGGCCUGCAGGUUGGAGUUGAUGUCAUGAAGACCAGGCAGCCAGGUAGAAGUUCUGUGCCAGACUUCUUCCGCAUCAUGAAGAGGCAGUUCACUGACCAUGAAUGGGCUGUCAUCAAGGGGGCGGGGUCAGAGUGGAUGCAACUGGACAUGUUCCAUAGACAUUGGGCCCUCAAGGAGAGCUUCAUCAAGGCCAUUGGGAUCGGAGUGGGGUUCGACCUGCGGAGGGUAGAGUUCCAUGUCUCACCUGUGCACAUGCAGCAGGGCCAGGUGUACCGAGAAACCAGGAUGUGUGUGGAUUCCAAACAAGAAGAUACAAGCUGGGUGUUUGAGGAGAGUCUACUGGACCAGGACCACCAUGUGGCCGUCGCUCUGGGGAAGGUGGAGGAAAUGAACAGGGAUGGGCUUCAGGAGGGAGACAACAGCUGGAUUUCCAGGAUCCCCCCACCCCAACAAUUCAAAGUAUUGUGCUUCAGUGACCUCAUUUCGGGGGCCAUACCGAUAGAGGACGAGGACACAGACUACUGGGAGGACUUCCAGAAGAAAAAGGAGGACCCAGGCAGCUAGCGUAUCCCCCUCAGGCUGAGAUCCACCUUUGAAAUACCAGUUUGACAUGCUGAUAAUUUUGUUCCCUCAUGCUCAGUGUUUGGAGCAGCCCAGUGGCUCUCCACAUGGAAAUCAGUGCACUGCAGCUGGACAGAGUUGUCCAUAAAGGCAUUUAUUUUUCCAGUGGAGAAAAGUGGUGUUUUUUCAGUGUCUCUCUGCCGUUCUCAUUUUGAAGUGCUUCACCUCGGAGUGUUCUGUUCUGGUUCUGUGUGUGUUUUUUCUGGUUUUUAAAUGCUCCCUUUUACUCAUCUCAAAUGGAGUUUGGGGACACUUUCAGCAGCCAUCCAAGGGGGGGUGUGAUGUCUGUGAGCUAAACAGUAGUGCAAACACACUCAGGGGAGGAAACACAUUAAAGCUCCGAGAGUGUGUUUUUAAAGAGCAUGCUUUUAACGUUUAAUGUUUUAAUUGUGUUUUUGUCAAACACCCUACAGCCUGAAAGUUGUACAGAAACGGUGCUGGUUAAUGGCUUGUUUUAUCUGAAAACCAUUGAAAUACUUUUAUUAAUUUAGUAGACAUUUUUAUCCAGAGUAACAUAUGACUCUGGAUAAAUAAAGUUCGCAUUGUUUUUAUUGUCAUUCCUCUAUACAGCUUGUGUACAGUGGAACGAAAUGAAAGUGCUUUUCAUAUUUCACUGGUACUUUCUCCCUAUUGUACAAACUCAGGAUAAUUUCCUCACCAUAGAAAUAACAAUCCACUUUACCAGGGCCCUUUUCCUUGGGUCCAGUUUGUGUAGGUUCACUAUGUUAUGGAAUAACAACUCCGCUCUGAUCUUCAUAGACACAGAUACCACCAUCCAGUUAUGUUGUCAUUAGAAGCCGAUAGCAAACUGGCCAGCACUUCAGCUGGGACAUAAAAUUGGCACGUUACAUUAUUGCACAUGACUCAUGAAUGCUACUUGAUUGGCAUCGCACCCGAACCUCACCCUUCACCUUGCAGAAUGAAACUAUGGAGUUGGUGGUGAAUUGAUGGUGAACCCCUGCGUGGCCCACCUCGUGCCACAUUCAACUAACAUACUUUUCAAAUAACAAAACAAUUCCCCAUCCCAA